AUGUAUGAAGCACAAGAGAGUGGUAUACAAGGUGACUGUGAUACUAAGUACACUGUCAAUGAAAAUGGGAGGAAUGAUUGGAUCACCAUUACUAAGACCAAGAAUUUGAUGAAUUGCAAGAAGCAAGUGGUACAGAAUAUUGGAAUGGCCUACAUCCAUGCUCUUCCAUCCUGCCCAGUGAAAAACAGGUUGCUUUCAGGAGCUCUGAUAUCAGAAUACAAAGUGAAAUUUGAAAAUAAUACUAUCCUGAUCAGUAAAGCUGAAGCAAAUGAGCUAUACAAAGUUUCUCCAGGCAGUGAAUUUGACACUCCUGUAAUUUUAGAAGCCAAACAAGAGCUUAUUCUGACUGGGGUGAAAGCUGAAAAACCUCAACAGCGGCAGAAGCCUCAGAAAGGACGACAACAACAAGCAGUCUGGCCACAGGAUGAGGACCAUGAAAACAUUUAUUAUGAAUUUUCAGACCAGCCCCAGAUGGCAGGUCAUAUGAUAGUGACUGACAACAUUCCACAGCAGAUUAUGGAAAAAAUGCAAGAAUUAGCCCAGAGCAACCCAGCAGGCAGCAAAGCAGACAAUGCUAAAAAGUAUCUACAGGUCAUCGAACUGGUCCGUAGAGGAAGUUUUAAUGACCUGGCCACUGUUUUACAGCAGGUUGAAAGUCAGCCCCGUGUCAGGUUUGCUCUGCUGCAUGUAGUUGCUAUGGCUGGCAGUGAUAGUUCACUGGAGCUCCUCAAAACUGCAGUCCAUGACCAGAAACUGGAAACCUAUGAACUACUCCCACUUAUUCCCACAGCCUUCCACUUUGCAACCCCUAAUGAACGUGCCGCUUCAUUGGCAGCAGAAAUAAUUGCCAGCCCCAAAAUCAAGAAUGAACCCUGGCUUAAAAUGGGAGCUAACAUGGCAUACGGAGCUCUGGUUUCCAGGUGUAUUGCUCAGUCUCCAUCUAGGGCCAACGAUCUUCUCAAGCAUCUUCAUGAUCGCUUAACUGAUGCAACCCAAAGCGGAGAUGAACAAGAAAUUAUAUUAUGUUUGAAGUCCCUUGCCAAUGCAGCUCAUGGAAACAGCUUGAAGCCCCUCAAGAAAAUCCUGCUUGCACGUAACAAAUAUACAGACCAAAUUCAAGUGGAAGCUGUUUUGGCCAUAAGACAGGCAGCCAGGAUGGACCCGAAGACGGGGCAAGAGAGUCUCAUUGUACCCUUUAUGGACCGUGAAUAUUGUACUUUGGCUCGAAUAAUGGCUUGUGUCAGCCUCUUGGAAAUGAAUAUUUCUCUCCCUCUGGUAGUAACAAUGGCUGAAGUGGCAGCCAAUGAUAAUGAUGUGCAGUUUCAGAGAUUUGUAAUCGCUCACAUGAAUGAGGUAGCAGGCCUCCGGGUCCCACAGUAUGCUGAAGUGUCUUCCGCUUGCAAGUUUGCCCUUAAACUUCUGAAGAUCCGGUCUUUCAAAAUGCAGAAUUAUUACAGCAAACCAAAGAUAUUUAAGUUCUAUGACAGCCAGCACGGAAUUGGAUUUGUUGAAAAAGUUAUCACAGAGGGCGCUGUCAAAAAUACAUUCCCCUCAAGUGCAAUGUUAACCACACAACUACUGCUUCCUGGUGGAACAGCUAAUCUGUUUGAGGCUCGUUUUGGAGCUGGUGUCCUCGAGGAACUUUUGAGGGGCAAAAGCCAAUUUAAUCAGAAGAUAAGCAAGACUGAAAAAGCGGUGCCAGGAGCAUAUUCUGAAAGCCAAGAUCAAUUUCUCAGUUUCAGUAUGUUUGACAAAGAAAUUGCCUAUCUCCCCAAAGCUGAGAAGACUCUGCGUGAAGAAUAUUAUCAGCCACUGAUCGAAACAGCUCUCAGAAAAUUCCAAGAACUUCCUAAUGGCAUUUCUGUACAAGCUAUCAGUCCAGUGGCAUUUGCAGAGAUUCGACGCAGGUUUCCUAACAAUCUUGGUGUGCCAUUAGAAGUAGGUGCCACUGUCAUGUUCAUGGCAGAUAUCUCAGGAAAUGUUCGUGCACAGGUGCCUCAUACUGUGGAUUCCAAUUUCAAACUAUCAGAACUGGUCUCACUAAGACUUUCAGCUGACAUUAAUGCUGUGUAA